GGAGGCAGCCUUCUGUACCGUGGACACUGAUCCUUGGACACUUGCUCUUGCCUAGGCAUGCUCUGGCUGGUCGUGGCGGUCCUGCUGAGGAUGCUGGUGGUGGUCUUGGCAGGGUCCCCUAUCUACCAGGACGAACAGGAGAGGUUUGUUUGUAACACCCUGCAGCCAGGAUGUGCCAACGUUUGCUACGACUUCUUCUCCCCAGUGUCGCCGCUGAGGUUCUGGUUAGUGCAGAGCCUGGCGCUGCUCCUGCCUUCGGCAGUUUUUGGCGCCUACGCCCUGCACCGCGGCGCGAAGCUGGUUGCGGAGGGAGCCUGCAGGCCCCGGGUGCCCAACCUGUCCACCGCCUACCUGGUGCAUCUGCUGCUGCGCACGCUGCUGGAGGCGGGACUGGCUUCCCUGCACUACUUGCUCUUCGGCUUCUCUGUGCCCAACCGAAUUUCUUGCUCGCGUGUGCCCUGCUCAGGAACUGUGGACUGCUACGUGUCGCGGCCCACGGAGAAGUCCCUCCUGAUGCUGUUCGUGUGGGCCAUGAGCGCGCUAUCCUUCCUGCUCAGUCUGGCGGACCUGCUUUGCAGCUUGCGGAGGUCACGAGGGACCAAUCAAGGGGUGAAGGGCGAGGCCAGACCGGUCUGCGGAGUCCCCACACUCCCCCCUUGCCUCUUACAGGACUCUCAGGGUUGUCAAAGCCAGGGUCAGGUGAACCAUGAAGGCGGCCAGGAGGAGCAGGGUGUGCCUGAGUUCCUUAGCAGGUGCACGGCAGGGCACGCAGGCGACAGUCACGUUGGUCAGGUCAUCGUGUCAGGACGGGUGGAGCAUUCAGACCAAGACGAUGGUGAGGCCACUUCCUCAGCUGGCGACAGGUUGGUGGUGGCUCACACAGAGCAUGAGUUUAGAUCCCACAGAGAGACUUCUUCGGACUUAGGGGGCAAAAACACCCGGUCAAGUGAGCUCCCCUUGGCCUCCCAGAGCCACCUGGUUCGGCACUGUUCAGCAAGCCAGCCUCUGGCUCCUGGUCGGCUGGCCACAUCGGGCAGCGCUCCCCACCUGAGACCCAAAAAGUCUGAGUGGGUGUGAGGACAGUCACACAGAACCUACAAACCCUUUCCCCAGCUUUUUGCAUUAUGACAGGGCAAGGCGGUGCAGAAGUCCCUUCAUCCAUGUUCUUGCUGAGACCGUGUUAGGUUUAACUAGAGAUGUGAUCUCCUUGAUGGAGAAUCCCGUGGAAAAUUGCCCAACACUAUUCUAGGAACCUGAGGUCAAGAUGCCCCAGCAAACACAUCCUCCGUUAAACUGCCUACCUGUGCCUACCCCUAUACCUAUCCACUUCGCUUGGUUAAGCAAAACCUCCCUCUGCGGUUGCAGAGCAAAACACCAAGAUGCGUUCUUAAAACUUCUCAAAAUGUUUUUUUAAAACUUUGCUUUUAAAACUUUACCCUAAAAACUCAUUACUACACUUAGGUACGAAAUACCUAAGU